AUGUAUGUCAAGGAAAUUAAUGAAGAGAUAACAAAGAGAAUCUAUUAUGGUAAUAGAUAUGGUUAUAAUGGCAACAGUAACUGGUAUUCAUACAGAUGGUUGUUAUGGUUGUUACUUCUUAUUCCGCUUCUAAUCGUGGUUAUCUUAUUCUGCGUUAGAAAGAGAAAGAAUAAAGGUAAGGUUCAUGUUGUGGAUAAUAAUCAGUAUUAUCAAACCCAACAAGCAGGUGGCUACUACAAUCAAGGCCAAGGAAACCAGUACGAUAAUCAAUACCCACCACCAAAUCCCGAUGCUGGUGUUGGUGCAGGUGGAUAUGGUGGAUACAACCAGCAGCAAGGAUAUACUGGACAAGGAUACAAUGAGCAGCAAGGAUACAGUGGAACCACCGCUAAUACUGUCAAUGCAGAUGAGUUCCAAAGGCCUGAAGGACCACCUCCAGCCCAUUACAAAUCUUAG